AUGGUAGGACUUUAUUCGGACAGACUACCGGAUGUCGAUUGGUUUCUUAAUAUAGCUCCUUCACCUUGCUCUCCGACGCUGGUCCUACCAAAAAAGGUUCAUUUUCCUGCUUCAGCUCCCGGUGUCCAAUGGACAAAGAAAUCUUUCGGUUUUUCAAGGAAAAGGCAACGACGAUCGUCUCAACAAUCACAGCCAGUUGUCGAUGCGGCGGCAGGUGAAAUCGAUUAUCACUCGACAAACAUGAAACCACCGUUGAGUUAUGCUCAACUAAUUAUGGAUGCAAUGGCAGAACGUCAGGUGGAAAAAAUCACGCUUUCUGAGAUUUACGAAUAUGCAGCCCGACGUUACGCCUAUUAUAGAAGCUCAAAGGGACCGUGGAAGGUUAGCUAUAAUUACCUCAUUACGUGCAAUUUCCUCUCUCCAUAA